CCUGCUGCCCGCUGCGGGCGGGCGUCCCCGAGCGGUGCCCGGCGGCGGCGCGAUGGACAGCCCCGAGGUGACCUUCACGCUGGCCUACCUGGUGUUCGCCGUGUGCUUCGUGUUCACGCCCACGGAGUUCCACUCGGCGGGGCUCACGGUGCAGAACCUGCUGUCCGGCUGGCUGGGCAGCGAGGACGCCGCCUUCGUGGCCUACCACCUGCGCCGCUCGGCCGCCACGCUGCUGUGCCACGCGCUGCUGCCGCUCGGCUACUACGUGGGCAUGUGCUUCGCAGCCUCGGACAAGCAUCUCUACGUGCCUGGCCAGGCCCCGGCAGCGUGGCGGCUGUUCCUCUUCCUGGCGCUGGCCCUGCCUUCUGUUGUUGGUGCCCUCAUCUACUACUGGUCACGGGACCGCUGGGCCUGCCACCCGCUGGCUCGAACCCUGGCCCUGUACGCUCUCCCUCAGUCGGGCUGGAGGGCCGUCGCCGCCUCCAUCAACACCGAGUUCAGGCGCAUCGACAAGUUUGCCACGGGGGCCCCAGGGGCCCGGGUGAUCGUGACAGACACGUGGGUGAUGAAGGUGACCGCCUACCGCGUGCACGUGGCCCAGCAGCAAGACGUGCACCUGACCGUGACCGCGUCGCAGCAGCACGAGCUUUCGCCCGACUCCAACCUGCCGGUGCAGCUGCUCACCAUCCGCGUGGCUGGCGCUCGCCCCGCUGUGCAGGCCUUCGACAUCCGGCUGAACGCCGCGGAGUAUGGUGAACUGUGUGAGAAACUCCGGGCGCCCAUUCGCAGCGCGGCCGCCGUUGUCAUCCGCCAGAGCCUAGGCGACCUGUUCCUGGAUACCUUUGCCUCCCUGGUAGAGGUCAACCCGCCCUAUUCCGUCCCCAGCAGUCAGGAGCUGGAGGCCUGCAUCGGCUGCAUGCAGACGCGCGCCGCUGUGAAGCUGGUGAAGACGUGCCAGGAGGCAGCCGAGGGCGAGUGCCAGCAGUGCUACUGCCGCCCCAUGUGGUGCCUCACCUGCAUGGGCAAGUGGUUCGCCAGCCGCCAGGACCCGCAGCACCCUGACACUUGGCUGGCCAGCCGUGUGCCCUGCCCCACCUGCCGGGCCCGCUUCUGCAUCCUGGAUGUGUGUGCUGUGCACUGAGCGGGGCCGGGGCUCUUCUCCCACUGGCUGUUCUUCCAGCGGAGGCCCAGCUGGAAAAGGGGGCUCUUGCGGAAGUGGGGGCCUGCGCACUCUCCCUCACUCCUUGCUUGGGGGUGGGUGGGCCCUGGGCCCAGAGUACCCUGCAUCUGCCUCCAGAGCAUUUCCGGCCCCCUGAGCUGCCCCCCGGGAGACCCAUGGUCCUGACCUGGGCCACUUGCCUUAAUUUUGUGGCGCACACCCGCCCUAGGUGCACCGCAGCCUGCUCCGACGUCCUGCGCCCCCUCCCCACAGGGACUGCCUGGGGGCUGCUCCUGGGAGGUCCUGGCCUCUUGGGAGGGAUCAGAUCAGCUGUUAUUUCAGCUGCGCUUCUGGGGGUUACUCGUUCCCCUGGAAGGAUAUUAUGCCACUCCUGCCUAUGCCUUCCCCUGCCCCGCGAGUUCAGGGCAGGGCCAGGCUUUGUGUUCCCUUUCCGGGAGGCACUGCCCUGAAUACCGGGCGCCUCAGCGACAUUCCUCGGGGGCGCAGCCCUGCAGGCCGGUGGCUGAGGCACUGAUGGGCGUCUUCCCGAUGCUGGGGGCACAGGUGGGUCCACACAGUUUCCUGUGCCCCUGGACCCUGAAACCUGGCUGUGCCAAGCGGAGGAGGGGCCCAGGCGGCGCGCUUGCCAGGCGGCUCCAAACCCGGGGAUCUGGGAGCAGCGGCCCAGCGGCGUGGCCGGGCGGCGGGUGGAGUCGCGCCCGCUCGGAAAGCGAAGCUGUCGCGGCAGGAGACGCGGCGUCUAA